AUGGAAACCAAUCUUGAAGCAGCUGAGCAGAUCAGCCAAUGACAGACGGGGGGCUGCGCAGUCGUAUUUCCAUGCGGCCUGUAUAAGAAGAGCCGCUCUCUACAUUCCGCUUCAGUCGUUACUACAGUGAUAGAGAAAGAUGCCGGAACCAGCGAAGUCUGCCCCGAAGAAGGGCUCUAAGAAAGCGGUGACCAAGAGCGCCGGAAAGGGCGGCAAGAAGAGGAGGAGCAAGAGGAAGGAGAGCUAUGCUAUCUACGUGUACAAGGUACUGAAGCAGGUCCAUCCCGACACCGGCAUCUCGUCCAAGGCUAUGGGCAUCAUGAACUCGUUCGUCAGCGACAUCUUCGAGCGUAUCGCCGGCGAGGCCUCCCGCCUUGCUCACUACAACAAGCGCUCCACCAUCACCUCCAGGGAGAUCCAGACGGCCGUCAGGCUGCUGCUGCCCGGUGAGCUGGCCAAGCACGCCGUGUCCGAGGGCACCAAGGCCGUCACCAAGUACACCAGCUCCAAGUAUGGCAAGAGGUUCGCUUUCUGGACUAAUGAAGCCAGAAGCCUGCUCCAAGGAACCCUGAAGCCCUUUUACAGAGUGCCAAGGCGAGGUGCUGUCACUGAGGAAGUUCCACUCCAUAUGCAGGCUGUCACUGAGCGCACUGCAAAGGAAGCAAGACUGGUGGACUUCAUUAUCCAGUCAAAGGGAGCUGAGCAGCAUUUGGUGGUACUUGGAAAAUGUUCCUGUUUUCUCAUCAUUGCAGACGGACUCAGAAAAGAUUCACUUAGGGCCUUUUUUAGUAAUAUCAGUGGACAGAACAUUUUUUGGCUGUGUUUUGAAAGAAUUCCUGAGUUCCAGAAAUUCAUUGUUUCUGUAUUUUGGGUUGCCCUCAGGAUGUACUUGGUGGCAAAUGUUCUACCUAGAUUCUUGUUGCCAGAUGCCUGUCUACCUGGAUAGCGAGGAAAAACAGGACAAGCUUUUUGGGUUCCUAAAGGCUGUACUGCACAGAACACCAACACAGCUAAGCUUCACAGAUGAAGUGCAGUUCAUCUGUGGUGUUCUCUUUCCAGAGGUAGGCUUUGCCAUGUAAUACAAUUAUAUACUGACAGUCAAUAGAAACUUUGAGGUAGAAAUGUACGCAGAAUUCUACUUGUAGGGGGGUUGUAAUUAUUCAUUGUGGAUUUACUGAUGAUCUAGUGUCCUGGUAGUUGAGAUAAUGAUGAGUUGUCAUUUUGUCAUGAUUCAUUGCACAUGGGUUGGUCACUUUGCAAAAGUGAACCAAAUACACACCAAGCAAUACUCAGUGAGUAUCUGCACAAUUUGAGAAUGGGUUUUGAAGGCCUAUAUAAAGGCCCAAAAAAGGCCACCAUUUUUAGUCCAGUGAACAGCAUCAUGCCGCGUCUAUCACAUGAACAACGUCUCCGGGCACUGGGUAUGGUGGAGGCCGGUUUGAGCUACAGUGAUGUAGCCAGGCGUAUGGGCUGUUCCCAACCCACAAUCAGAAGCCUGGUCCAAAGCAUGCGCCGACGGAUUGCUGCCUGCAUCGAAGCAAAUGGAGGCCAUACUCGGUAUUGACUGUUGUGACUUUGUGUUUGGCAGGUGCCGUUUUCUUUUGUGAAAUUCUUUAUUUUGAAAUCAUUCUUGAAACUUUACAUUUUUGUUUCUGUAUGCCAAUAUGCUAAACAAAUGAUUCAUAUGAAGAAAAAUACAGUUUCGGGCUUCAAAAUAAAAAUUAUGUUGAAAAACAUGGUCUCAAAGUUUUUAAUGACUGUCAGUGUACAUGUUUCUGCUCCUGCACUUUUAUAGGCUCAAUAAAUAUCCAACCUUUUAUGGCAUCAUUUGUGUAUUUGCCUGUCUAACAAGGCUUGCUCUGCUGUAAAAUGGUAUAUGUCAAUUAUAUUGCUUAAAAAUGAACCGUUUUCUUUUGGUCGGCCAUCAUAUAUGGCCUGUCUAUGCAGGACAAUCUGUCCCUGCAGGAGGCUGAGCAGGUCUUUUUCAGUGGUCCUGCUUACCAUCAAAGGUAAGAGUGAAGGAUGUUUUUUUUUUUUU